AUGGAAUACGCAGAGCUUGGAGAAGACGCUACAUCUGCAACAACUGCUCAAGAACAGAAUGAAAGCGCCCAAGAGGUUGAGCCGGAAGCCUUAGACUAUGUGACCUCGCAGCUCGUGCGCCCACUGUCCAACUGGGAGAUCUCGAGAGAUCACCUCGUCUUCGCCGACAUAUGCGGUCUCGACACGGGCAAGCGCCACAUCUUACACCUUUUGGAGCCUGCUAUAGUGGGUGUGCAUGGCGGUGUGUUGCUGACAGCAGCGGGUAACACAGUCCAACUGUUGACAAUGAGUCCACAAGUAGCAGCUUCUAGCUCAAAUAUACAGAGCCGACGCUAUGUGUUUGGCUUCGGCGGUAGCGGCAUUGGUAGUCUCGCGGUGCACCCGUCUCGGCAGUUCUUUGCUGUCGGUGGAAAGGGAGUGAAACCUAAUAUUUCCAUCUAUCGAUACCCGGAAAUAUCGGUAUCUCACGUACUACGGAACGGAACAGAGCGUGCGUAUGCCAGCGUGGAAUUCAGCAAAGACGGCGACACCUUAGCGUCUGUGGGUAGUGGCCCUGACUUCCUAUUAACUGUGUGGAAAUGGCGUGAGGAGCAGACUGUACUUCGAUGCAAGGCCUUCGGACAAGACGUGUUUAGUGUUCGCUUUGCUCCGACAGACAGCGGCUUCCUCGCUACCAGUGGCGUUGGUCAUAUUCGUCUCUGGAAAAUGGCAGCCACGUUCACUGGUCUUAAAUUACAGGGAGAUAUCGGUAAAUUCGGCAAGAGCGAGCUUAGUGACAUUGAAGCUUUUUGUGUAUUACCCGAUAAAAAAGUAUUAAGUGGCACAGAACGCGGUAUACUUUUGCUCUGGGAUGGCAACUUUAUCAAGUGCGAGAUCAUGACAUCGCGUCGUCAUCUUCCUCACGCUGGAACGAUCAAUGUUGUGGAUUUCGAUGAGGAUGAGAGUCACAUUGUGACGGCAGGAAAAGAUGGCUACGUGCGUUUCUGGAGCUUCGAUUCGAUUGAUAGCGCAGAUGUUCCGGUGGAUGAGACUGUUGCACUUGUCCCGAUGAAACGUCAAGUGCUGGUGAUGCCUCAAAUGGAUAUCCGAGCUGUGGUCAAGCAAGACACGGGACGAUAUCUUUUGCAGGAUGGUGCUGGUGGUGUGCAUUUGUUGCUGCUUAUCAACAAUGACGAGCACCACGUCGAAAUGGACUAUGUCGCCAACGACACGGGUCGUGCGACGGGGAUUGCGUGUUCGCCUUACGAACAUCUUGCAGUUAUCUGCGGUGAAGAUGGUGGUGUUCGUGCGUGGGACUACGUCUCAGGUACUUGUCUACUGGCUGUGUUUCCUGAGUUAUCAUGCCUCGAAGAUCAAGAUAACGUCGACUACACGACACUGGGGGCCGCUACAACCAUCGCAUGGGUGCCGAACAGUGCUGCAGUGAUCAACGAUAACAUACCAUCGAGUCGACAGGUAGCUGUGGGCUUUGAUGACGGUUUAGUACGCAUCCUACUAAUGGAUGUGGAUCAUCGCGCGUGGGUACUUCUCAAUGUAUUCAAACCACACCGCAAACGUGUCACCUGCGUAGCGUAUUCACACUCGGGCUCUGCCUUUGUGUCGGCUAGUGCCGAUGGGACUUUCUUCCUCUUCCACGUUGUGCCCAACAUCAAGUCAUCUAAAUAUGUGAAAUACCAGCCAGAGUAUGAGCCCUACGGCUUCCAGCACGUACCUGGCUCUGUGGCUGCCAUUUGUUGGCGCGAUGAUGAUGCGGCAGUGCUAGUAACACUCGCAAACGGUCAGGUGUUGGAAUACUUUGUGUCGGGCGAACUAGACGGGAAUACUGGAGAGAAGUCGGACACUACGACAACUGACGAGUCUAUGUUUCAGAGUGAAGUCUCGGCUGAACGAGAAUCGUUUGAACUUCACUUGUCAACUCGCGAGUGGGUGCUGCAACAACGGAACCGCUUCAUGACUGUCAAGGAGUUGGAGAUACUUGAAGCUCAAUACCCGAAUGUCAGCUCUCCCGAGACUGAAGAAAAGAUCCGGAAUCAGUUCCAAGUAGAAGUCAAACCUGCGAAUGGCAGAGCGAAGGCGUUAGCAGCUCUAUUUACACCCGUGACUGAGCAAGACACUGAAGAUCGCAUCUAUCUCAGCUGCCAAGCACCUUUAGACGGGACCCUCUUCAUCGUUCAACACGACCGCUCUAUGCCGCUACAGGAGCUGGCGUCGGAGUCUGCUGGCCAUAUCACCUCACUCUCGUUAUCAUCAUCCGAGCGAUUUAUUUUGUGCGGUCUGUCGAAUGGCAAGUUCCAGCUUCGCAGCGCACGGAGACCCCACGCGUUCAUUAGUGGUGAGUUCCAUGACUACGCAGCCUCCACUAGCAACGACAAACUGUAUCUAGCAACGUCUUAUGACGAUUCGUACGUCGUCGCUGUGGGAAGUGAUGGCAACGUGAGCAUAUGUCGAGUACACAGCAACAGAGUCGAGGAAGCGGCCAAGUUGCUGACUGUGAAGUACAAGAGUAUACUGGCUGAGGCCGAUAUCGCGCGUGACCAGGCUCGUGAGAAGCAAGACUCAGUGCUAACAAUGCAGCGGAAGGCGAUGGAGGACAAGGGAGAAGGUGACCCUAGUAACAGUGAAGGAACAGCAAAUACCGACUUGAGCGCUCUGCCUGCUUUUCAUGGAGCUAAAGCCUAUGCUGCUUACAUCGAGAGCAAGUUAUCGUCUCGUGUUGCUGCAGCUAAGGACAAGGAGGAAUACCUCGGCGUUACCCGUCUUGCAAGUGAUGAUCAGAGCAUUGAAGGUCUCCCCAAGGCAACACCUCCUUCCCGAGAUGAUGGCAAGGCACAAACUGGAGUCGCCGCUACGGCCUUGUUACAGUUAAGUGUGGAGGAUAUCGCAGACUCAAAGGAAGCGUAUACAAUUGAGGACGCCAAGCUGAAGAGUGAAGCCGAUGCCCGAGUGAGGUCUACGCUGCGUAAACAGGACUCGACACGUGCUGUAUUGAACCAGAUGCGAACUGAACUUCAAGAGCUACAGGCACAAGACGCAGCGUUACCACCUCAAAGUCGCGUCGACUCGGAGGAGUGGGAGAUUGAUCUGGACUAUGGAGAUCUGUUGACUCGACAGGGCGAUGAGGCGUGCGAUGAAGUGCGCAAGGAGCUUGCGUUUGCAGUGGAGAAAGAGGAGCUUCUACUGCUUAAGAUGCGAGAGACGUACGUGGGUCCGCUCGCUGUAAAGCUGCUGACGUUGCGUGCGUUUGAAAGUGGAUUAAGUGUCCAGUCCUUCCGCACCAUGAAGAUGCCGGCAACUUUACAGAAACGACUCGCAGAGAUCCACACUGCCGACGCUGCUGCCAAGAAGCAGCCAUCUACUGGAGCGAAGACUGGUCCACCUAGACGAGCGUCGGUAUUAGAUAUCAUGGAGAAGGACACUGCGCUGGACGAGGACUUUCCCUUAAAAGAAGACGAGCGACGUAAGCUCAUGAGUCAUAACGAUCCUGCUGUCGGCGGGAAUGGCGCAGCAUCAAGCGGUCCAACAGCAGUACAGGAGACUAGUGGGUCAAAGUCCGUUCACGGCUUCGAGGCGCGCAAACAACUGCGCACGGAGCGAAAGGAGAGACUGGCACGCUGGCAGAGCAACAAGCCAGGCGAAGAUGCCGACGAUCCCAGAGACGUGGUCGCGAUCGCCUUUGCUCAACGCAACAUGGGCGACUACAAGCUGAAAACGGCUCCAGACUACGUGGUUCCAGAACAUCAGCGUGUCAACGCAGUGAAGAAAUUGAGGCAGAUGGCGCUCUUGGAGGAGAGUCUGUAUGCCGCACGCUUGCGCUUCAACGCCAAAGUGCUGGAGCUUCGCGAGUUGAAGGUGCAGCUGAUCAACGAGCUGCAUCGCGACCAGGAACGACUAGUCGAACUUCGAGCCGCAUUAGCGUCCAGCGGCGCAACACCAUCCAGCGUGCCGUCCAAAGAUCUAGUUGUGGACCUUCGCGAGUGGCCGGAGCAGCGGGAGCGCGUAAGCGACGCCGACAUUGAGCUCUUCCUUCGAGAGCAGAAGGUGAUAUCACACGUGCAGACUCAGACUGGCGAAGCGGACUUGGCAUUGACGCGCAUCGGUGGGGCUGAGAAGCGUCCGCAAUCAGCAGAUCGAUCCAUCGCUGCCGUCGCACGAGCUUUGGAAGGAACGUCGGGAAAGGAGGCUGCAAAGGGCGUCACCAUUGGCCAUUUACAUCUGCAGAUGGACGACGGUACGGCAGCUGCUGCGACGGCUUCGUCUGCACACGCGGGUGCUCUAAAUGUAGAAAACAUGGACGAGGAUGACGUGGUUGUCCAUGAAUACUUGAUGCGCCAAGAAGCGCUACUGCUAGAGCGCAAGCAGCAACGCGAGAUAGCGUCGUUUGACGCUGCUGUGGCUCACCUCCGUCAUGAGAAACUCGCUCUCGAGGUCGGCUUCAAGCAAGCGGAACUUCGGCUGUUCACUCUCCUUAGCGAGUUGUCGCUGCUUGAGUCGUUCGAGAGCAAGGAAAACCUGUUGAGCAGUAAACUCGAGAAGAGUAAAGGGGAAAAGGCGCAGAUUGUGGCGGACCUGCGCGAUGUCCAAGACCUGCUGACGAUCAAGAAACGCGAUCUGGAUGAAUGGGCGCGACAGGAGAAGGCUGUGCAAGCAGAGUUCCUGACGCUUGUGAACGGCGGCACGGGGUCAAGUGCGACACCUCACCCGAGCUUUGCGGCGCUGCAGAAGCUGUUUAAGCGCAAGAUCAAGCGAGCUAAGAAGAAACCCGCUUCAGGUGGCAAGGAAGAAGGGAAAGAGCCUGACAGUGCGAGAGACGGCGAGGAGCUAGAAGACGACGAUGAAGAAGAAGAGGACGAAGACGAAGACUAUGACGAAGAUGACGACGACGAUGACGAAGAAGAAGAGGAUUCAUGUCCGUCGGGAUGCGACUUGACUCUGUACGAGAAGGUGCUGGCCCUGCGUGAGAAGCGUGCCGAUGUAGACGACGCCAUGGGGGAGCUGAACAAGGCGAUCGAAGAGCUUCGGAAGGCCGGAGAGCGUCAGACAGCCAAGCAACGUGCGAUUGACAAGGAGUUGGCUGCGACGGAGCAGGAUACGCAGCACUUCCAGAGUGAAAAGCAGUCGCGCUUCAACCAGCUUGAAUUCGUAGUGCCGCUCAGUACGCGGCAACUAUGUUGUCUUGAAGCUCCGUCUCCGACUCGGCAAAACUGGACGCUACCUGCUCAAGCUGCUGGCUGCCUCGUGUUCACCACUCGCGCCUUCUCUGCGUUGUCUGAGCGUAUCGAGUCGCUGCAAGCAGAGAACAAGAAGCUGCGUCAACAGUUCCGAGACCUUCACAAACAGCAGAACGUGCUUGCUAAGGAGAAGCGUCAGCAGCAAGAAGCCAUUGCAAGAGCUCAGGAUCGCAGCGAGCAGCUCAUGCGACUGAAAUUCGGACAGCUAGUGGACCUGGAGGUGCUGGAUCGCGCUUGUGACGCGUCUUCGGUCGACGAGCUGCAGACUCGCGUCAAGCUACGCGAGGUCGAAGGUGAGCGAGCUCUGCGUCGUGCCAAGCAGACGCACCCGCAGCUGCAACACGCUAUUCUGCAGGCGACCGAGCAGAACACGGCCUUGUUAGCUCAGAUCGCUGCACUCACGGAGCGUCAGGCCGAACUGGAACGCGAACUCAAUCGUCAUCAGGGUGGUGGCAGUAGCAGUGGGGACAGUGGCGGUGUACUCAGUCUUGACGAAGACGAGGCCUUGGUUGAGCGCGAGAUGAAGGAGCGCAACAAGCUCGUGCGGCUGGUGAAGCUGCAGGCCAGAGAAGUUGAAGCGCUCAAGCAGGAGAUCGGACUGCUGCGCGGCAAAGAUGGAAAAGUGUAUGCGCCUCGAGGGUAG